AUGCUGAACCUUAAAGGAAGAACGAGCCUGAACAAGCCAUUCGUAGAUGUCAAAGGAAAUAGUUUCUUGGAUAACAUGAAUCGGAGCAAAGAAGCUGAGAAGCCAAGUUUCACAGACCUUCCACUAUGCCUCUUGGAAAUAACAUUUGAAGCUUCCGCUGUCUGCAGAACAUGGUGUGAAGCCGGUCUAUAUGUUCAGUUGGUAGACAAGCCUCCUCCGGUUAUGUGCUUACCUAAACGUGGAAACUUGUUCGAACUCUAUGAUCCAUUGCAACAGAAGACGUACACGCUGAAUUUACCAGAGAUAGUGAAUUCCACGGUGUGUUAUGCGCAAAACUGUUUCAAACAGAAUGUUCUUCUUCAUCCCAUUUACUCGUAA